CCACUAACCAUUAGAAAUGGGCGUCAUCCAUUUCUAUCCAAACUCCAAACUGCAAACCAUGUUCCUUCCCCGCAAAGCCACUCAUCUAAUUCGCAAGGCUAAUGUGGCGGCACACUUCACUCCACCCCCAACCGUCGGCUUCUCCGCCGCUAACGUAAGCCGCGCAAUGGUCACCAUGAACAAGGACGGCCUCGGAGUCGAUACCCACGAACUCGAACCCAUAUUCCAACAAAAACAAUCUCUUAGAUCCAAAGUACGCAAAGCUCUAAAAAACAUGGACCCGAUCCAGAAAUCUCAAGAAGAUAAUGCUAUUCAGAAUACUGUUGUGGAGUCUUCAUGGUUCAAAGCUAGUAAGAACGUAUGUGCUUACAUAAGUUCUCCUGCUUUACUCGAAGUCGACACCUCAAGGAUUAUCUCGGAAGUUUUGUCAAGUCCUGCUAAAGAGAGGAAGAAACUUUAUGUUCCACGGGUGGUGGACAGGAAUAGCAACAUGAAAAUGCUGAUGAUAUCUAGUGUUGAUGAUCUUAUUGAAAAAUCAAUGAACAUUUUGGAACCAGCCUUAGUAGAUUCUGAUGGGAUCCAACGUGAAGACGUUAUGCAGGCAAGUGAUCCACUCGACCUGUUUAUAAUGCCCGGGCUUGCAUUUGACAAAUCCGGAAGCCGUCUGGGACGAAGUGGGGGUUACUAUGAUUUGUUCCUUAAGAACUACCAAGAGCUCACAAAGAAGAAGAGAUGGAAGCAACCCCUCCUCGUUGCACUGUCAUAUUCAGUUCAAAUUAUUGAGGAAGGAGCAAUACCAGUUACUCCCUUCGACAUUCCGGUGGAUGCUCUUGUUUCUCCUGCUGGUUUCAUUCCGAUAAGCACAGCUGCUUUCCGGAGAUGUGAGUGAACAAAGCCUUCUGGUUCCGUUCGGCAGUUGCAUAAUGAUUGUGUUUCACUUCAUAAGAGGCUUGCGUCUAAAGAAAGUGUAUGUAUCUUGGAUGAGUGAUCGGAUAAUCAAAUAAUGGAACAUUUUAAUAAGAUUUUUACAAAAAAAUC